CAGCUGAGAGCGGCUGCAUCCGGCGCUGGCAGAGGCGAGAGUUUCGGGCUCCCAGAGGCUGCCGCAGCCCCAGCGAUCGCCGCAGAGGACGAGACGGCGCGCGGCUCCUGAGCGGUCCGUGGUCCCAGCUGCUAGAAGAGGCUGCCGCUGCCUCCAUCGUGAGCCGCUGCUGCUGCCCAGCGGGCUCCGUGCGGGGAGAGCCCUUCCCUAGCGCCCCCCGGGGCCCGGCCGGGGGGACUUUCUGCGGGGGCUGCAACCAGCCCCGGGCUCUGCCGACACCAGCCCCCGAGCCGGAGCCUGCAGUGUGGGUAAGAGCGCUCCCCAGAGACGAGCUUGCCAGGACCCUGAGAUAACUGUAGCUGGACCAAGCUCAGACAGAGAAAAAGAAAGUGGAGCAGAUUUUUCCAGUUUCCCAAAGGUUAUGUGAUUUCCCAUCUGGAACCAGAGGCAGAGCUGUGAAUCCCAAAUCUCCAGGGCUUUGAGGAAAGGGAGAUCCUUAAAACAUGAACACAGAAGGUGAUGGGACGGUGGGUGAGAAACAGGAGGAGAAUCCACAGCAGGAAGGUUCUCAGCAAGUGGAACCAUGUGGGACAGUAUUGGGAAGAUCCAAAGUUUCCUUGAGUCCUGAGCAAGAAGGUGGCCGUGAGACUCAGCGCAGGUCAGAGAGGCAGAAGAGCAACCAGCAAAGGAAGAGAGAGGAUGAAUCCACUUGCCAAGGGAGAAGUUUGGAAGAUCCUAGUGAAAUCAUGGUCCAACCACGAUUCCAUAUGAAAGAGAAACUGUAUAACUGCCCAGAGUGUGGGAAAAGCUUUGCUCAGAUAUCAAAUCUCCUGGUACAUCAGAGAAUCCACACGAGAGAGAGACCCUAUAAAUGCCCUGACUGCGGGGAAAGCUUCACGCUGAACUCAGACAUUAUUUCCCAUCGCUCAGUCCACACAGGAGACAGGCCCUAUAGCUGCCUUGAGUGUGGAAAAUGCUUUGCUAAUUUCUCAUCCCUUAUUUCACAUAGACGAAUCCACACGGGGGAGAGACCCUAUACGUGCUCCGACUGCGGGAAGAGCUUCAAGCGGAGUUCAGACCUUAGUAAACACCGGAGACUCCACACAGGAGAGACGCCCUAUAAAUGCCCCGAGUGCGGGAAAAGCUUCACUCAGAGCUCAAACCUGGUUUCGCACCAGAGAAUCCACACAGGAGAGACACCCUAUAAAUGCCCUGACUGUGGGAAAAGCUUUAAACAAAGAUUCAGCCUCAUUGUACAUCAAAGAAUCCACAUCGGAGAGAGAUCCUAUAAAUGCCCCGACUGCGGGAAAACGUUUAGUAACAGCUCCCAACUUAUUAGACAUCGACGAAUCCACACAGGAGAGAAGCCCUAUAACUGCUCUGAAUGUGGGAAAAGCUUCAGUCAGAGCUGGGGAGUCCUUAGACAUCAGAGAAUCCAUUCAGCAGAGACACCCUAUAAAUGUUCUGUCUGUGGGAAAAGCUACAAGGGGAAGGAUUCGCUGAAGUCCCACCAGAAAAUCCACACUAAAAAGAAAUCGUAUAACUGCCCCGAGUGUGGGAAAAGCUUCACUCAGACAUCAAAUCUUAUUAUACAUGAGAGAAUCCACACAGGGCAGAGACCCUAUAAAUGUCUUGAGUGUGGGAAAAGCUUCAGGCAGAGAUCAGACCUCAGUAAACAUCAGCGAAUCCACACGGGAGAGACCCCUUAUAAAUGCCCCGACUGCGGGAAAAGCUUUAAGCAAAGAUUCAGCCUCAUCGUACAUCACCGAAGUCACACUGGAGAGACCCCUUAUAAAUGCAAUGACUGCGGGAAAGGCUUCACCCAGAGCACCAACCUGGUUUCGCACCAGAGGAUCCACACGGGAGAGACACCCUAUAAAUGCGCCGAUUGUGGGAAGAGCUUCAAGCAAAGAUUCAGCCUCAUCGUACACCAGAGAAACCACACCGGAGAGAGAGCCUAUAAAUGCGCUGACUGCGGGAAAAGCUUCAAGCAGAGCUCGGAGCUCAUUUCGCACCAGAGAAUCCACAUUGGAGAGAGGCCCUUCAAAUGCACGGAGUGUGGGAAAAACUUCAGUCAGAGCUCAGGACUGAUUAGACAUCGGAGAACCCACACAGGAGAGAAACCCUACAAGUGCAUCGACUGUGGGAAAGGCUUCAGUCAGAGCUCGGGACUCGUUAGGCAUCGGAGAACCCACACAGGGCAGAAACCCUAUGACUGCCCUGAGUGCGGAAAAAGCUUCACUCAGAGCUCAGCCCUUAUCAUACAUCAGAGAGUCCACACGGGAGAGGCACCCUAUCGAUGUUCUGUCUGUGGGAAAAGCUACAAGGUGAAGGACUCCCUCAUUUCCCACCAGAAACUCCACACAGGAUAGGAGGCAAAGGGAGCACUCACAGCGGGGCAAUGGGUCUGUGCCCUCCUGAAGCAAAGUAUAAACAUAUUUCCUUUGAGGAUGCUCUUGGGAGGGGAGCAAGAGGGAUGGAGCAUAGGCACCGAGUCCUUGGGAACUCCAGGGCUGGAGCACCCACAGAAGAAAAAUAGUGGGAACUUAGCACCCACUGGCAGCCCUAUGGGUCAGUGCCUCCCCCCGCCCCCAGUGCCUCCAGCCCGUCUGUGCUCCCCCGAUCGG